GAAGUGAAAUUGAAUUUUAAGAUUGUGGAAGAACGGGGGAGGGCAGGCGUAGGAACGAGAGUUGAGAGUGUUGGGUAAUUAAUUAGAGUAGCAGAAGGAGUGGUGCAGAGAGAAGAGAAGAUGAUGGCGUCUUCUUCUCAUCUAUCAGCCAUUCCCCUACGCCUGUCUUCCACCUCCACAAGAACGAACUUAUCCCACGCUAAAUCAAAGCCAAUUGUACUUAAUGGGACCUCAAAUUUGGACAAUGAAAGCUGUAGUAGUGGAGAUUCUAAUACACCAUCAAAACCACUUAAGGGAACUCAAUUCUUGAUCAGUCGCCGAUGGUGCCUCACAUGUUUGUGUUCAUCCAUGACACUGAUAAAGGAUUUUGGGGGCACGACUGGAGCUAGUGCAAAUACCAUGGAUGGAAAACCUGUUUGCCGAAAUUGUGGAGGAAGUGGUGCUGUACUUUGUGACAUGUGCGGUGGUACAGGCAAAUGGAAAGCUCUGAACAGAAAACGGGCUAAGGAUGUCUACGAGUUUACAGAAUGUCCAAAUUGUUAUGGUAGAGGAAAACUUGUAUGUCCUGUUUGUCUAGGAACUGGUUUACCAAAUAACAAAGGUCUCCUAAGAAGGCCUGACGCACGAAAAUUGCUCGAUAAGAUGUACAAUGGUCGCUUGUUACCAAAUUCUUGAACUUCAUCUCGUUUCUCACAAAUUAGCCUGUCUAGGUGAUACAUGUAUAACUUGUUUCAGCUGGUAUAAGUUACAUGAUUGUAGUUUUUGUCA